AAAUUUCGGCAAGACUAUACUAUAAAAAUAUUAACAAAGACAAACAAUAUUUAAUUUAUUCUCAAGUUGACAACAUAUGUCAAGAACAAAAGUUUGACAAUAAAUAGUAUGCAUGCGUGUGUGCGUCAAAUAUAUGGUGAAACAAUUGUACGAGUAUUACAAUUUAGCUCUGGCGCAAACUUGGACGUAUCACGACGAAAAAAUGCGUCAGGAAAUAGGAAAGAUGUUUAAGUUAGGUCCUAAAGUAGAUUCGACGAGGCGACUCUUCAGCGAUGUACAGACAUUUGAUUUGGAACAGCUCUCGGAUCCCUCCGAGAUUUCGUCGGAAAACCUCACCGUCUAUACGGAUCUGCCGUUGAGUUUAUCAGAACGAAACAACUUGAAGGAUAUUGGCUUCGAGAAUGUUGGCCGUAUAAUACACGACGUGAUCAAGAGUUUUAAUCAAAACGGAACGUUCGUCAGAUCUACUUUACUUCCCGGUGGUGGUAAUAUUGAUAAUAAAACACUUACAUCGACUACAGAGCAUCCGGAAGUUCAUAAGGUCACCUCUACCGACGUGGAUGUUACAACAAUUACGAAUGAAGGACCAUCGAGCACCCACACAAAUUUCAAAUACAGGGCACGCAAACCCGAAACAUCAAUGAAUGAUUUAAAUUAAAUUUUAAAAUUAAAA